GUCGAACAAUGAUGGCUACCGUUUUUUGGGAUGAAAAAGCUGACGUAUAUUAUGAAAUGCUCAAUAAACUAAGACAUGCAAUCCAAAAUCGACGACGUGGUAAGCUGUCAUCCGGUAUAAUCCUCCUUCACGACAAUGCGCGUCCUUACACUGCAGCCAAGACCCAAGAGAAAAUUUAAGAUUUUCGUUGGGAACUUUUUAACCACCCACCGUACAGUCCCGACCUUGCACCUAGUGACUACUUCCUUUUCUUAAAUUUCAAAAAAAUGUCUCGGUGGAUAACGCUUUGAAAAUGACAUGGAAUUUCAGAACGCCAUUGAAAACUUGUUCAACUCGCAGGCGGUGAGCUUCUAUGCAGAUGGGUUAAUAAAGCUGGUGAAGCGGUAUGAAAAAUGCUUAGAAGUAAACGGCGAUUAUGUGGAAAAAUCAUAACCCAAGCAUUACCGCCUUUCAUCACAGUGCCUAUCAAAAUUUGCCGUUGCUUUUUCGAGAGUUUUUGAUCACAAGACCUAAAGACAUCAACGUGUACAACGAAUUUGGCGAAAGCGUUUUGUCCAAAGCAUGCACAGCUGGACACAACGACAUCGUACUCACUCUUAUACAGCAUGGGGCGGAUGUGAAUUCAUCCAACAUGUUCACAAAAAUCACACCGUUAAUGACUGCGGCUUAUUAUGGCCAUUGUGACAUAAUAAGAAUACUAGCUCACAAUGACGCUGAUGCUGCUAUGAAAGACAUAAACUCAAAAACAGCCCUCCAUUAUGCAGUAGACGGAUCCCAAAAUAAUGCGGUCAAAAUGCUUUUGGCAGAAAAAUGGAGUGAUGUCAACUCAGUGGACUCUAAAGGAUGGACUCCAUUGAUGAGAGCAGUAUUGAUGUUUACUCAUUUGGAAGUGAUCAAGACUCUAGUUGACUGUGAUUCUGAUCUAAGCAUAAAAGAUAAAAAUGGUCAAGAUGUUUGGCAACUAGCUCAUUUAUCAAAUAAUUGGAAAGCUUUAAAAAUAUUACCAGAUUAAAUUGUUAAGUCAAACUUUAUUCAAAUGAAAAAUAAUAUUAAUUGUAAUUGUUUAUUUAUCAAGUGUGAAUUGAAUUACCAAUUUGUAUCAAUUUUUACAUAUUUAAAUACUUUAAAACAACAAAAUGUAAUAAGA